UGAUGAAUUACGCCGGGGUAAGGAAGCACUACAGCGUUUAACCAGAUCGGAUCAGCUAGUAUGACAGGAACAAAACUUGAUGAUCUACUGUACAAUAAUUGGUCUGUGCAAGAACUGAACGUGACACAGGAGCCUUUUCCUAACCCAUCUUCUGAUUAUGACGAGGAAUUCCUUCGUUACCUCUGGAGGGAAUAUUUACACCCAAAGGAGUAUGAAUGGGUGCUUAUUGCGGGUUAUAUCACCGUCUUUAUUAUAGCUCUUAUUGGAAAUAUCCUAGUUUGUGUUGCAGUUUGGAAGAAUCAUCACAUGAGGACAGUGACUAACUAUUUUAUAGUCAACCUUUCACUUGCUGAUGUCCUUGUUACGAUUACUUGUCUUCCUGCGACCCUGGUAGUUGAUAUAACAGAGACUUGGUUCUUUGGAAAAACUCUCUGCAAAAUUAUCCCUUACUUACAGACUGUGUCAGUUUCUGUUUCUGUGCUAACCCUCAGUUGCAUCGCCUUGGAUAGAUGGUACGCAAUUUGUCAUCCAUUAAUGUUCAAAAGUACUGCAAAGAGAGCACGAAACAGCAUUAUAAUUAUUUGGAUUGUAUCCUGUGUUAUAAUGAUCCCACAGGCAAUUGUCAUGGAGUGCAGUAGUGUGUUUCCAGAACUAGCCAACAAAACUAUUUUAUUCACUGUCUGUGAUGAGCGUUGGGAAGGAGAAAUUUAUUCCAAAGUAUAUCACAUUUGUUUCUUCUUCAUAACUUACAUGGUCCCACUGUGCCUGAUGAUUCUUGCAUACUUACAAAUUUUUCGAAAACUAUGGUGCCGUCAGAUUCCAGGAACAUCAUCUGUAGUUCAGAGAAAGUGGAAGCCCUUGCAGUGUCCAAUCCAGUCUAGAGGUCAAGGACAACAAGUAUCUAAACCAAGAAGUAAUGCUGUGGCAGCUGAAAUUAAACAGAUCCGAGCAAGGAGGAAAACAGCCCGAAUGCUUAUGGUUGUUUUGGUGGUAUUUGCACUUUGCUACCUGCCAAUAAGUAUCCUUAAUAUUCUUAAAAGAGUUUUUGGGAUGUUUUCCCAGACAAAUGACAGGGAGACAGUAUAUGCCUGGUUUACAUUUUCACACUGGUUAGUGUAUGCAAAUAGCGCAGCUAACCCGAUCAUCUACAACUUUCUUAGUGGUAAAUUCAGAGAGGAAUUUAAAGCAGCGUUUUCAUGCUGCUGUCAUGGAGUCCAUAGAAAUCAAGAGGAUCACCUUAUAAGAGGCAGAGCUAGCACUGAAAGCAGGAAAUCACUCACCACACAGACCAGCAACUUUGACAAUGUUUCAAGACUUUCCGAACAUGUUGUUCUAACAAGCAUUAACACGCUAAAUACCAAUGGAAAUGGGCCUGCCGUUUGCAACUGGUAGCAUUUAGCAAAGGAACUUUCAAAUAAAUAAAUAUACAUAUUAAAAACUACUCCCCAAUCAGAA